AUGGCCCCCACCACGAUGACCAACCUCGGCGCGCUUUCCCUCCUUCUCUCCACCACCGCGCUCGCCGCCACCUCCCCCUACGGCCCCGUCAGCGCAUCCUGCCCCGCCUCCACCGCCCUCACCCGCCCCGCCUCCUCGGGCGUCAACACGGACGAGGCAUCCUACCUCUCCGCCCGCAAGCCCGCCGCGCAGGCCGCGCUCGCCUCCUGGCUCGCCAAAACCAACUCCGCCUACGCCAGCGCCGACACCGCAUCCCUCCCCUCCAUCGGCCUGACCGUCAGCGGCGGCGGCUACCGCAGCAUGCUGACGGGCGCCGGGCUGAUCCAAGGCCUCGAUGCCCGCGACAGCAACGCGACGACGGCAGGUCUGUACCAGGCGCUGUCGUACCAGGCAGGUUUGUCUGGUGGGUCGUGGCUGCUCGCGGCGCUGGCUGGUAAUGAUUGGCCGCGCGUGUCGGCGCUGCGGGACGAUUUGUGGAUCGCGGGCUUGCAGCAGACGCUGUUCGUGGCGGACGUGGCGAACGGGGGCGCCAUCGACGUCGUGGGGGAUCUGGCGGCGAAGACCGCCGCCGGGUUUGACGUCGGGUUGACGGAUGCGUGGGGGCGGUUGCUCGGGUAUCAGAUGCUGUAUGGGGAGGAUGGCGGGGUGGGGAAGACGCUGAGUGGGAUCGCUGAUGCGGAGGCGUUCAAGGGCGCGGAGGUGCCGUUCCCGAUCAUCACGGCGCUGGGCGUCAAGACGUGGGAGGGCGAUUGCGACCCCGAGGCGGAUGCGACGCAGUAUGAGUUUACGCCGUACGAGUUCGGGUCGUGGGAUGCUGGCGUCGCGGCGUUCGUGGAGGCGCGGUAUCUCGGGUCGGAGUUGGUGGAUGGGGCACCCGUUGCGAGCGGGACGAACGACAGCGCAUGUGUGACGGGCUUCGACAACCUGGGCUUCGUCUUCGGCACCUCGUCGUCGCUCUUCAACGCCGUCUGCCUCCCCGUCAACAUCAACCAGACGCAGCUCGGCGAGCACCUCGCCGGCUUCGUGUCGGACCUGCACGAGCUCGUCACGGACGACCUGUUCGCCCUGUACCCCAAUCCUUUCUACAAGUCGAACACCUCGGAUCUUGUUGCUGCGCAGGAGAACCUGCACCUCGUGGACGGCGGGACGUCGAACCAGAAUAACCCCAUCUGGCCGCUGCUGCACCGCGGGAAAGACCUCCUGGACGUGCUGAUCGUCAACGACAACAGCGCCGAUACGGACGACAAUUGGCCCAACGGGACGGAGAUCCGGAACACGUGGACGCAGGCGAGGGCGCAGUUGGGUGCCGCGUCGAGGAUGCCGGAUAUUCCCGAGCCGGAUGUGUUUGUGGCGGAGGGGUUGUAUAAGAGGCCGGUGUUUUUUGGGUGCGGGGUUGGGAAUGAGACGACGGCGGCGGAGGAGGCGGAGGAUCUGUUGACGAUUUUGUGGGUGCCGAAUAAUAACUUUACGUUUGCGAGUAAUGUCGAUACGUCUAAGUUGCAGUAUUCGGAGGCGGAGACGAGGGGUAUGAUCGCCAAUGGUCAACAAGUGGCAACUCAAGGCGGCGAUGCGCGCUGGCCGGCCUGUCUGGCGUGCGGUAUUAUGGUCAAGAGCGGCGAGACGCUCCCGGACGAGUGCGAGGCGUGCCUGGCCGAGUACUGCUACAACUGA